AAUAAGAAAAAACUCUUGACACUUGGCAACACUGGCUCACUAUUUUGAGGUUAUGUUCAAAAGCAAUUCCAAAUCUUUACGGCUUUCGCAUGAUUUUAAUAAAACAACAGUCUCUUCCCUUUCACCAAUUAAUUAAUUUUCAUAAUUCGUCGAGAACCCCCCUAAUAUUACUAUGAACAAUCUUCUACGAAAGUACCAGCCAAACUUGCCCCAUUGAACGCAUCUCUCCAUAAAGUCUCCACUCUUCACACCAUCCUGUUCGAAUGGCAACCCGCAUCCAAAUCAACUGGCCAUCACUAGGCCUUUUCGAAUGCGAAAACAACAUCGAAACCUACCACUGCAAAAACUGCGACUUCCGAACCCAACUAACCCUACUUUUCAAGAAACACGUCGAGAAGCACGACACAUUUGAAACAAGCAACUACACCAUUCCGACUUACAUUUGUCGAAAAUGCAGCUUCAAAACACACUUCUCCAUAACGUGGCUGCAGCAUUCGAAAACUUGUUUCCCCAACGGUUUCAAAAAAAAGUACGCGUUGUACAAAUCCGAAAAAGUCAAGUUGCAUAAUUUUAGUGAGAAAAAUACAUGGUACAAGUGCAAGCAGUGUCCGUACAAAACUCGAUACACCUCAAAUUUGAAAAGCCACGUGAAUUCGCGACAUUUGAACGAAAAGGACGUGAAAUGGUAUGAAUGUAAAAACUGCUCAUUUAAAGCGAAAACGAGCUCGACUUUGAAACAGCACGUGAAUGCCAAACACUUGGAUGAUGGUGAUGUUAAAUGGUAUCAGUGUGAAAAGUGCCCUUAUAGAGCGAAGAGAAAGUCGCAUUUGGAGAGACACAUAAAUGCGCAGCACUUGGAUGAGCAGGAGGUUAAAUGGUAUCAGUGUAGCAAGUGCCCAUACAAAGCUAAACAGAACAAUAAUUUAAAACUGCACGUAACCGUGUGGCAUUUGGACGAGUCCGACGUUAAAUGGUAUCAUUGUCAUCAGUGUUCGUUUAAAACUAAGUACAAGCUGAAUCUGCAAAGUCACAUACUGGCGCGACAUUUGGAAGGAAAGGAUGUUAAAUGGUACGAAUGCAAAAGUUGCUCCUAUAAGUCCAAAUACUACCAUAAUUUGAGGCGACACGAAAACACGCUUCACUUGAAUAACGAAGACAAUAAAACGGAACAGAGUGCCGACUUAAUGCAAUUAAUUGAAGAUGACAUCAAAUGGUAUUAAUUCCACUAAUCACAGUUAAAAUAAUGUAAAUUGAUUUUGGUUAUGCAACCAACAAUACACCAAAGUGUCACUAGAAAGUAGUAGGGAAUUUUGUAUUCACCCCACGAACGUCAUUUUAAUUGAGGUUAUGUAUUCGCAACACUCAAUUUCAAGAUUUUAUCCAAAAUUUGCCCCUUUUAACGAUUUUUGUCAUAGCGUUGGGUAGUUUGAAAUGCCACUCCUGGAAUACUCCGACAAGCUUAUUCACACCAAUCCUUCCCAAAAGGCUCAAAAGUGCAAAGUCUGCCCCUACUUUACGACACUAGUUUUCUUUAUGGUCAACCACUCGAACCGCCACAAGCCACUGUCAUCACUCUUUAAUUGCGAAAAAACCAACCUUGAAAUCUAUCACUGCAACGACUGCAACUUCCAAACAGAACUGACAUUUCUGUUCAAGAAACACAUCCAAGACCACCGCAACAGAGAACCUCGAAGUGUGGAAUACGUCAUUCGGAACUACGUUUGCAAAAAAUGCAACUUUAAAACGCACUUUUCGAUGAAGUGGCUGCAACACACCACAACUUGUCUCAAAAACAAAAUAAAGAAGCCUCAAAGUUCACAAAAGAGUCAGAAUAAGCCAAACUAUGAUUUAAUCAAAUACAUGAAAACUUAUACUCGUGACCAACAAAAUGUUAAAUGGUAUGGUUGUACAGUGUGUCCGUUUCAAACUAAACAUACCGCGUGUUUAAAAAGCCACAUUAACGCGCGACAUUUGAACGGAGAAGACGUCACGUGGUUCCAGUGCCCCCAAUGUCCAUACAAAGUUAAACACAAGUCGAAUUUGACGCGACACGUGAAAGCACGCCAUUCGAAAGAGCAAGAGAAAAAGUGGCAUGAAUGUGCGAAGUGCGCGUACAGGAGCAAGUCGCAGCCGGACUUGAAGAAACACGCCAAUUUGUAUCAUUCGGAUGAGACGAGCGCCAAGUGGUACAAAUGUGAAAAGUGCUCGUUCCAAACGAAGCACAUGUCCAAUUUCAAAAUUCACAUAGUGUCGCGGCACUUAGAUUAAUAAACUUAACCUCAAAAAUUAAA